CGAUAAUUGUUGAUGGAACAUGUGCUCGCCUCGUUUUAAUAACACAGUGUGAAAAUAUUGAUAUUUUGUUUUAAACUAGGACAAUAAAUUAGCCAAAUUAUGGCGGAUAAUGCGUUUCAUCGGCCUGGGCCUUUGAAACAGACAAACAAGGCUCACAAAACCGGGCGUCAUCGUUCCAAAGGAGCUAUCGACAAUGCACUUAAAGGCAAAGUCGGACUAAAAGCCAUCUCGCACAAGCACAAGCAGCAGCAGCGCAAGGAGCAGCGACGCAAUCAACUGAAUCAGCUGCGCAAAAACAAACGCGAUGAAGUUCUGCAGCAGAAGCGUCAACUGGGCGGACAGAACACCGCUCCCUUUUUGGUGUGUCUGCUGCCGAUGCACGAGCAGAUCGAUGCCAACUCGGCGCUGGCCAUUCUCGAGAGCUGCGACAGUGAGAUCGUUGUGGAGAAAUCCUCGAGCGGCAUUGUUUACAUGAAUCUGCCGCGCUUCAAGCAGCGCUUCGCCUUUGUUGUGCCUCCCGUGGGGCGUGGCAAUGAACUGAUUGCUCUGGAUUACCUGAAGGUGUGCGACACCACACUGAUGCUGACCUCGGCUGCCUUUGGGGACGACGAGAUCUUUGAUCGUUGGGGACAGCGUGUGUUCAACAUGAUUUCAGCACAAGGCAUACCGACUCCGGUUGUGGCACUGAUGGAUCUGGAAUCCAUUAAUCCCAAACGUCGCACGGCCACAAAGCAGGCGGCACAGAAGUUUAUCUCCAAGCUGCUGCCAGAGGAGAAGGUGAUGCAGUUGGAUAGCGCUGCCGAAGGAUUGAAUGUGAUGCGACGCAUUGGUGGACAGAAGUUGCGUGUCCUGCACAAUGUUAGCAAUCGUCCACAUUUAUUUGGUGACCUCGUAGAAUAUGUGCCGAAUGGGGAGCUGGGAACACUGAAAAUAACUGGCUAUCUGCGUGGACAGUCCUUGAAUGUAAAUGGACUGGUCCACAUACCCGGCCUUGGUGACUAUCAACUGGGUCAAGUCGAUGCGCCACCUGAUCCCUACAAGCUGGACAAGAGCCGUGAGGGAGAGGCGGCUGAGGUGCGUUUGCUUGAUCGAAGUAAUCCAGCGAAGCAAACUUCGCUGCAGAGCGAGAAUAUACCAGAUCCCAUGGAUGCGGAGCAAACCUGGCCAACAGAAGAGGAAAUCGAGGCUUCACAAAAGGAAACCAAGAAAAUACGUCUAAUAAAACGUGUUCCAAAAGGUUACAGUGAAUACCAGGCCGCCUGGAUUCCCGAUGUGGAGGAAGUGGAAGAUCAGGAGGAUGACGACGAUGAGGAUGAUGACGAUGACGAUAUGAGUGGCAAUGAGGAUGACGAGGACUUUAUGUCCUGUGAUAAUAAAUCCUUUGAAGAUGAGUGCGAGAAACGCGACUCGGAAACGGAAGAGUAUUUGGACAGUGUUUCCGUCUCCUCGGAAGCUGCCUUAAAUGAUGAAAAGUACGAUCAACAAAUGGAUUUCCAGGAGGAGCGUGAAACAAUGCAGAAACUGCAGCAAGCUCGCACGGAUCAGCUGUGGCCCGACGAGAUCGACACACCGCUAGAUGUGCCCGCCCACGAGCGAUUCCAGAAGUAUCGCGGCCUCGAAUCGUUCCGCACCUCACCCUGGGACACCAAAGAGAAUCUGCCCAGCGAUUAUGCGCGCAUCUAUCAGUUCAAGAACUUUGAUCGCACCAAGCGACGCAUUCUCACCGAGGCCAAGGAGUUCGAGGGUGUAUUGCCUGGCUUAUACAUCACACUGCAUGUCAUCAAUGUGCCCGCCAGCCGUUGGAGUGCGUUCAGAUCCGGCCAGCUCACCGAUAAUGUGAUUGUUUAUGGCAUGUUGCCACACGAGCACCAGAUGUGUGUGAUGAAUGUUGUGCUGCAGCGUAUUCCAGACUCUGAGGUGCCACUCAAGUCCAAGGAGCAACUGAUUGUGCAAUGUGGCUAUCGUCGCUUCGUUGUGAAUCCCAUUUACAGCCAGCACACCAAUGGGGAUAAGCAUAAGUUCGAGAGGUUCUUCCGGCCGUAUGAAACUGUUUGCGCCACUUUCUAUGCACCCAUACAGUUUCCACCCGCCGCUGUGCUCGCUUUUAAGGUGAAUCCGGAUUCAACGCUGGCCUUGGUUGCCCGUGGUCGUCUACUCUCUUGCAAUCCGGAUCGCAUUGUGCUGAAGCGUGUGGUGCUAAGUGGUCAUCCAAUGCGCAUUAAUCGCAAAUCAGCCACCAUACGCUACAUGUUCUUCUACAAGGAGGACGUCGAGUACUUUAAGCCGGUGAAACUACGCACCAAAUGCGGUCGUCUGGGUCACAUUAAGGAAUCCCUGGGCACGCACGGACACAUGAAGUGCUAUUUCGAUGGCCAGCUGCGUUCCUACGAUACGGCAUUCAUGUAUCUCUACAAACGUGUCUUCCCCAAGUGGAACUAUGAGGAAUGCCUUGUGCGCAGCGCCGAGCAUGCUCGCCAGGAGUCUUCUGCAAAUUCACGUAGGAACUCAAAGCAGCUUGAGGAUGUAGACAUGGCAUAGUAAUAAAAUUUAUGUAUAUAUAUUUGUCAAUAUAUUGAAAUAAAUUACCUCAAAAUAAGCCUUUA